AUGAAUGACCAGCCAAAUGCAAGCCUUGGUCAUGCCAAGCAAGAGUUUGUUUCACUGCUGUCAAGACUAUCGCCGGGUGAGAGCAAGGAUUUCUUUGAUUGGAUAAUUGAACAACAUUCGUCAUUGAGGAAUGAUGAAACAUCACAUGAUGUACAAGGCUGUCAGCUGUCGAAUGCAUUUCAACAGUGUGUUAAUGCAGAAGAAUCCUUGCAGUCUAUUAUUGAAGAUCUUCGUGGACGACUUCCUCUCAGUGGUAUUUGUGGCUCAGAGAUGAUGUUUAAACCAGAAAUUGGCCAGGUAGACCAAUGAACUAAUACAGCUUUGUAUACUCUAUGGUUCUAUAAUUUCUGAACUGUUUUCCAUAGAGGUCUAGUAAUGGCCAUCCCAUACAGUGUUAUUUGAGAAAACUUUUGCUGUUUGGUCACUCUUCUCACUUGCAAGUUGCAACUAAAUAGAAACAAAAGUCAGAGAACAGCAUAUUGCAGGGUUGCAUCACGCUUUUAGCCAAUGAAAUGCUUUUACGUAUCCCAACUAAAACCAACAGCCAAUCAUGCACUGCCCUAGCUUACAACUUGCGUAGCACCAAUGCAAGUACCUGUAAAAUAGAAUGUGUCUGCCAAUUUGCCAUUGCCGUGAUUUUAGUAUUAUAUCACCAUGCAGGACCAUUUCAUCAUUGUGAGUUUUGAUUUUUUGAAAUAACCAGUUACUUUACAUAUAAUAUGAAUCAUGCUCAAUCACUAUGCAGUGUGUACUGACUGUUCACUGGCUUGGAAGGGGUUAUAUAUAUAUAGGAAUAUAAGAAGGAGUAUAAAGGCACAUGAAACAAAAAUUGGAUAACUGGUUAAUUUUGAAUUCCUAGAACUCAGACUGUAAUCCUGCCACAACUGUAGUGAUUGAUUCAUUUCUCUAUGACGAAGACGAUAUUGACAUGUUGUGCGAUGGAAAUCAGUUCAGUAGAAAUUACUGCAGAGAUUGUGGAUCACAUAAUACAGCCCCUUUAA